ACGAUCAGGUGGAGCGUCGCAGUGGCUUCCUAGCGAUCGCUCCCAAAGCAUGGAUCUCUGGACUAAAGCUCUGCUCGCGAUCGCGUGCGGUUGGCUGUACUACUACUUCAAAAGGAGGCUGAGCUACUUCAAGGACGUUGGGGUGCCCUACUGCCCGGGAUGGCCGGUACUGGGGAGCAUGGGAUCGGUGCUGUUUCGCCGAAAGCACUUUGUCGAGAUGAUCCAGGAUCUGUACAACUCGCACCCGGAGGCCAAGUACGUGGGCGCGUUCGACUUUGUGCGGCCGGUGCUGGUGCUACGGGACCCCGAGCUCAUCAAGUCCAUCGGCAUCAAGCACUUUGAGGACUUCCCCGACCACAAGUCGUUCAUCGACGACACGGUCGACCCCCUCUUCGGCGCCAACCUCUUCAACAUCACCGGGGACAAGUGGAAGGAGACCCGCGCCCUCCUCUCCCCAACCUUCACCUCGAGCAAGAUGAAGCAAAUGUACGAGCUGAUCGUCGAGUGCGCCCGCAACUUCAACGAUUACCUGGCCGAGCAGCCGAGGAGCGCCUUGGCCAUGGUGGCGACCAAGGACCUCUUCACCAAGUACACCAACGACGUGGUGGCCACGAGCGCCUUUGGGAUCGAGGUGAACACGCUGAAGGACCCGAACAACGAUUUCUACGUCCUUGGGAAGGAGGCAACCAACCUGGAGGGCCUGCAGUCCCUCAAGUUCUUCUUGGCCCGGGCGUUCCCGCAAGUGAUGAAGGCCCUGCGCAUAAGGUUCGUCCGGGAGAAGAUAGCCAACUUCUUCGAGGCCAUCAUUGGCGACGCCAUCAAGACGCGGGACGCCAAGGGCAUCAGGAGGCCGGACAUGCUGCAACUGAUGAUGGACGCCCGGGAGAAGGGGGCCGGCAAGCACGUGAAGCUCGACAUCACCAACAUGACGGCCCAGGCGUUCAUAUUUUUCUUCGGGGGCUUCGACACCUCCUCGACCCAGAUGUGCAUCAUAGCCCACGAGCUGACCAUCAACCCCGACAUCCAGAAGCGAUUGCAACGAGAAAUCGACGAGGUGAUGAAGCGCACGGGGGGCCAGCCCAAGUACGAGGACGUUAACUCGAUGCUGUACCUGGACGCGGUGUUCAACGAGUCGAUGAGGCGCCACAGCCAGGGCUCGUUGCUCGACCGGCUCUGCGUCAAGGCGUUCGAGUUGCCCCCGGCCGUGCCCGGGGCCCCGCCCUUUGUCGUCCAACCGGGCAUGAACGUGUGGAUACCCGCGGCCGGUAUACACAUGGACCCCAAGUACUACGAGAACCCGAAAAAGUUCGACCCGGACAGGUAUUACCAGAAGAAGGUGAGCAUCAACGACGUGAACAAUUUGGGAUUCGGGAUCGGGCCCAGGGCGUGCAUCGGCAAUAGGUUCGCCAUCCUCGAGACCAAGGUGUUGUUCUUCUUUUUGCUGUCCAAGUACAACUUGGUGCCGAACGCGAAGACGCGCGUGCCCUUUGAUUACAGCAAGGAUGGGUUCGUCAUCAAGCCCAUUGGGGGCUACUGGCUGGCCAUUGAGCCCCGCGCGUAGGUAGGGACGCGACUGUUUUUUUUUUUUUUUUUUUUUUUUCAUUGGAGGUUUGUUGGUUUAUCAUUUCCUAACGAUAUGUAUUUUUUACUUAUUUAAAUUUGAUAUUUCUUCAACACGAAAUUUGCAGUGUAUCACCAUAUGUCAACUGAAUGAAAAAAAAAAAAAAAAACAAGAGUGUACGAGGAAAACGCGCGGUACUUGUGACUAAGAACUUGGAGAUGUUUUCAUGUGAUAUAAAAUUUAUUGAAAAAUGUCUAA